AUGGCGAUGGUGAUCAUCGCCAUGGAAUCCCAGACAGUCUGGAGCAUGAGGGAACACUUGAUGAAAAUAUUAAUCAUUGGAGAUGGAAAUGUUGGUAAAUCCUCAUUUGUCAAUCGCUACGUCAACGGACGGUUCAGCCAGAGCUACAAGAUGACCAUGGGAGUUGACUUUUCAUUGAAGGUCUUGCAGUGGUCAGAAAGGGAUAAGGUCAGAUUACAGCUCUGGGACAUAGCAGGUCAGGAGCGGUUUAUCUCGAUGACUCGUAUCUACUACAGAGGUGCUGUGGGCUGUGUGGUCAUAUUUGAUGUGGCCGACUCUACGAGUUUCCUCAGCUGUCGACUCUGGAAACAAGACCUGGACCUGAAGACCAUGCUCCCCAACGGACAGCCCCUCCCCUGCAUUCUACUGGCAAAUAAGUGUGACCUGAGCCAGCGAGCCGUGUCUGCAGAUAACAUCGACAAGUUCAGCAGAGCCAACGGGUUUGUCACAUGGAUGGAGACGUCUGUGAAAAACAACAGGAACGUUGAAGAGGCUAUGGGGAGGCUGGUGCAGGAGAUUCUGUUAAUCCAGCCCAGUCCUGACCCAGUCCUGCCUCCUCCUGAAGACCUGGUCCACUCAGAGCCAAACCAGACCAGAGCCCACUGUUGCUGA